AUGAGAAGGACACAGCCGACGGCUACAUCAGUUCCAACCGAGUCUAACUCUCAUGCUUUCGGUUGUCUCCUUUGGUGCCAUCCAACGUUCUCAUCAGCAGAGAAUUAAAAGCAGACAGCAGCCUACAAUUACAUCCGUGGAAUUGCUUUUCAAGGAAACAUAUACAAUCGCAGCGCGAUUCUUCGAUAACAGGAACCCUGUGCAGAAACCGUUCAGUAUUAUUCACUUUGGCGGUAGGGGCGUCGGGAGUGGGUCAACUCUGGGCAAGAUGUCCGAAGAGAGCCUGCCAUUUGUACUGAAGAUGGAUCAGCAAGAGGAGAGGCUCUCAACACUACAUCGCUCUCACAAACCUAUUCCUCAGGGCUAUUCGCUGCCUCAGUCCAGACAGCCGAUAGAUGAAAACAAGCCGGUGUCUAAAGGGAUCUCUCCACCCCAGGAAAACCGUGGCGGCCGCAAUCUAGAGCGAUCGACGAGUAGGAGCGGCCCCAAAAAACGAAGUUCGAAGCCUGAAGCAGAUACAGCACAUGAGCCGGGGUACAUCAAGCCUCAUUUCGACAAUACUGAUAUCAGAUUCACAGCCGACGCAUUCAAGGGCGACAAAAAAGAAAAGGCCAGGCCGGAGGUCCAAGAAACGGCUCCUACCCACGACUUCCAAAUAAGCUCACACCAGGGAGCAUCUCGAUCCAAAUCAGUCAACACCGAUUUCACAUCCGAAGGAAGUUCAACAGCCGUGCCAGAAGCCCAAACGUGCCUUUACAUCAUCAAGCAGGGCAUAUCUUACGCGAUCCCUCACCGCCUCGAGCCCGGACUUCGUGAUACAGUCAACAAUGCCCUGCGACUUCAACCCUCUCAGAAGUCAGUGUACAAGAAGAUUGCUUCUCUGAGCCCUGAAAAUAUUGCUGCCCUGGAGACGGUGCUUGAUGAUGGGGGAAUCGGGCCGCAGACUCGGAGACUGGUCCAUCUAAGUAUUCUGCAAAAAGCUCUGUUCCAAAUUGGGAGCAGCAAGGAGGACACGGUGUUGGCGAUUGUGGAGGAUCCUGAUCCCCAGCGACCUUGGAGAGAUGAUGAAGAAAGGAUGGACGAAAAUGAGGAACACCUUCCGCGGCGACCGUCAUACCCUGUGCCUCUACCACUUGAACAUCGCCCUGCUACCUUGAGCGAUCGAUUUGGGCCAAAAUUGGAUGAGCAUCUAGGAUCACGUGGUAGAUCACGCCUUGUCAAACGCCGUUUCCACCACGACGUACAGGACGUGUCAACAGCCAUGAUGGAUCUUUCCGACUACCAGGCUGCGUUGACUACUUACCGUGUUUGGAUCAUUCAGCAGCACCCCAGUCUAAAGAAACACGAAACUGAGGCGCAAAACUGGACAAAGUGCAUAGUAACAGAAGAUUUCUGCAACCAGGAUGCUAUCGGGGAACGUCUCCAUGCGCUGGACAAAAGAUCUCCGUCAGUGACCAACAAGAGACUAUCGCUCCGACCAGACCAGCAAAGCCAAAUUAGCUUUCUCCACGAGACUCUUCUUAAUGACGAAACAGAUGAAGACUAUCAAUGGGGUCUCAGACAGCUGGACCUGGUCCGUUCUAAGGAAAAGCCAUUUCAGCUCAUUCCUACUGUUACUGCCAUUUUCGUGUAUCUCGCAAGGACUCCGCGAGCGCAUGUCAACCUUCAGCGUCUCUUCGAGACGCAGCACAUGGCCGAGAACAAUCGAAGACCGGCAUACUUUUCCACCGUGGAUGGAGCUGAGCAUUUGUCUGCACCUCGACCUUAUUUCAACAAUGAUAAUUCCUUCGCAGGACAACGCCCUAAUAUUCGAAUUCCAUCGGCGACUCCCCAGCCAUGGGACUACGGUUACGCACCCCGUCCACCCAUGGCCCCCGAUGCGCCGUACAACCCCCAUGGCCCCCCUUCAGGUUUUCCACCGCCUUUACCACCGCCACCAACAGCAACAAGACCAAUAUACAGCUCUGUUGAUAGGCGGAUUCCACAAGCUCCUCGGACUGGGUUCCCCCGCGGCCCACAGCGGCGGGGGAUAAUCACGGAAAGCUCCUCGGAUUCGGACUCGAUUUAUGAAUCAAGUGUGUACCGUGGCGAGCACAGCAAGAAACAGCCGAAGGAGGAGACUCGCCUGAUUUCUCGUUUGGUGUCGAAACGAGUUCUCAGCGAUCUCGCAUACCCAUGGAGAGACGAGGGUCGCUACGUUGUUGUUCUUAAAAAUCUCGACGAGGAUCAGUUGGAGGAGAUACUCAGGAUGAGCGAAGAUCACAGGACACCUGAAGACGGGCUCAACUUUGACCCAUCGAAUCAGAUGAGACCUCGUCGCAAUUCCAUCGAUGACGAAGCACGACAUUCAGCAUUACAGCCGAAGACACAUGCAGUUGGCCGCCAAGAUCACUCCCUCGAAAAGGUGCGCGUGCCUACUGAUGAAGGCCAUGCCUUAGGUACGGCAGCGGCGAACGCAACCGACCGCAACAUGGCUAGAAGGUUCCCCUACCGACAGCGCUCUUUACUGCGCGACUCGAAGUUGCGGCGCAAAUCAUCCGACAUGUACUUGCGAUCGCGUGCUAUUGCACGUUUGGGAAUCCCCGAAUCCGAAGCCAGGGCGGCACUCGAAGCGAACCGCGUCCUGGACGGAUUGGAGCGUUCCGUGUCGGAGCUCGAUACGACCGAGAGACGGCCUUUGUACCACUCUCAAUUUGAAAGCAGGCCAUAUGACCCCCAAAGGAACGCGGAUGACCAGAUGAUCAAUCAGCUAUUGGUGGAAUGUACACCUCAAGGGGCCAGUGUCCAUAGAGGAACCGAGCCUGCAAGCGCCUGGGUGAGACCAAAGAAUAUGGCCGCUACAGAAAUAGAUAAGUAUGAGGAAGAUGCCGAUCUCAGUGAAUCGUCUGCAUUUGAUGACGAUCUCUACGGCUCAUGUGAACACUCCAGUGUCAGGGAUUUGAUUCCAAAGACGCCUCAGACUGGCGAACCGCUAUGGGCAGAGCUACACGACGCAGCCUUUGCAGACCACGACGUCAGAACCAAGACUGUGAAGGGGGCAGGAAUAGAUGAGGAGGCCAUCCUGGCCGGGCAGAAUGACCCAAUGACGGAAAUAGAGCGGCCUGAAGGCCGACUAGCCACGCUGAAGUCAAUGAGAGGUGGGAAGACGGCGCAGGACAUAAUCCUGGCUCCUGCAGCGAUGACACAGCCGACGCCGCCGCGAAUGCCGGCCCAGAGUCAGAUGCAGGAAGGCCCAGACACGGCCGCAGGAGCCACUAACGUAGUGGUUGUGUCCUCGCCGACACAACCCACGAUACAACGCCGAGUGACAGUGGAUGAAGUAGAAGACGAGGAAGACACCAGCAAGCAGCCCGCGAAACACCACCCACCGCCCGAACUCGAAUACAGCGGCGACAGAGCGGACAAGCCCGAACGCGCGUCCGCUCUCCCCGAGACCGCGAAGACGGCGGGCGCAGAGCUGGAGUGGGAACAACGGGUCCUGGAGGAUACCACGGCAUUUUCCGAGCCUCCUGAUCGGCGAGGGCGGAGAGCGUAUUUGGAGUCCCCCUCACGGAGGAGUGUGAGGGCCGCCCAGCGGGAGGCUUCGAAGCACAAAAAGCAUGGCCGAAGGAGGCUGCAGAAAGGGGCUGUCGGGUGA